AUGAUCAGGAACACUUGGAGAGACCCUGUACAGGAGACACCACUCACUGCCAGGCCCCACCUUAGUGCAGAGGAGCAGAAAGCUGCCCCCCCAGAGGAUCUGUUAGCCUGUUCAGGGGCUCAGCAGGAUAUACCACAGCUGGAAAAGCUGCAGCAGCAGCCGGGAGUGGAGUGUAUGGUUUGUGGGGACAAAUCCAGUGGCAAACAUUAUGGACAAUUCACCUGUGAAGGCUGCAAGAGUUUCUUCAAGAGGAGUGUCCGGAGGAAUCUGAGCUACAGCUGCAGGGGCAGCAGAAACUGCCCUGUUGACCAACAUCACCGUAACCAGUGUCAGCAUUGCCGCUUCAAGAAGUGUCUGAAAGUUGGCAUGAGACGAGAAGCAGUUCAGAGAGGCAGACUGGCUCACACUCCGCCCAACCCUGGACAGUACAGCCUUAACAAUGGCGAUGGCUUCCCCAGCCCUUCCUACCUCUCUGGCUUUAUCUCGUUGCUGGUACGGGCGGAACCCUACGCAAUGUCUCGCUCUGGCAGCCAGUGCAUGCAGCCCGGCAGCAUGAUGGGGGUUGAGAACAUUUGUGAGUUUGCAGCCCGCCUCCUUUUCAGCGCUGUGGAGUGGGCCAGGAAUAUCCCGUUCUUCCCUGACCUCCAGAUCUCAGACCAGGUGGGGCUUCUGCGACUGACCUGGAGUGAACUGUUUGUGCUGAACGCGGCUCAGUGUUCAAUACCGUUGCAUGUGGCCCCUCUCCUAGCUGCUGCCGGUCUCCAUGCCUCCCCAAUGUCGGCAGAGCGCGUUGUGGCAUUCAUGGAUCACACCCGGAUCUUCCAGGAGCAAGUGGAGAAGCUGAAGCUGCUGCAUGUGGACUCGGCUGAGUAUUCCUGCCUGAAAGCCAUUGCCCUUUUCACCUCAGAUGCCUGUGGUCUUUCGGAUCCUGCCCAUGUGGAGAGUCUUCAGGAAAGAUGCCAGUGCGCAUUGGAGGAUUACAGCCGUAACCAGUACCCGAACCAACCCAACCGCUUCGGCAAACUGCUGCUGCGGUUACCUUCCCUGCGUGUGGUCUCCUCUCCUGUCAUUGAGCAACUGUUCUUUGUGCGUCUGGUGGGAAAGACCCCAAUUGAAACUCUUAUCAGGGACAUGCUGCUGUCUGGUGCCAGUUUCAGCUGGCCUUAUAUGCCAAUCCAGUGAUAAGGCAGACAGGGGCAGGGGCUGCAAAGACAUUAUGGCCACGAGAUGGGAACGGGGAUUAUCAUUUGGAUUUUAAAGCAGGUUUGAACGUUCUUGUGGGCUAGGGGCUUAUACCUCUUGACACUGGAUAACAGGAGGCAUCUUUAAAAGGAAAGGAACAUGUUUUUUUCAGGUGGUGAAGCUUUUCCAGGAGUCACAGUUUCAUUAACACACAAUGCUGGAGCAAGGGAAAUCAAGGCCAGUUUUCAAUAAACCGAAACAAUUUCAAAUGAAUGACGGUGUCUUUAUAAUAUUACAGUUUCAAUAUUUGGCAGAUCUUAUGAAAAACUUUAAUUUCUUACCACCUUUUGAAUCCCAAGAUUCCCAAAUAUGUUUACAGCCAGUGAAAUAUAUUAAAAAGGUCAUUCCUGAUGUAAGGUUAAGCAGCCAGUUCAUUUGACAAUGUGCUGCUAAACAGCAAUGAACAGUGGGAGGGAGUACUGGCUGCGUUAACUUGGUGAUUUUGGUAAACGUGAUGGUAAGUAUGGGUUUGGACCUGGGAGAGAAUUCAAAGCUCUACUGCUUUAGUGCCAUGGAUCUCGUGAUGUCCAUGUGUAGCAAACGGUUUAAUAUAUAACCUGAAACUGGCCUAAAACAGAGUAUGGUGCUCCCUUACCACUGACCCUCCGACAGUGCAGCACUCCCUUACCACUGACCCUCCGACAGUGCAGCA